UUUUAAUGCAAAUCAAUUUUGAUUUAUUAAUCAAACUGUAUGGCAAAUGUUAUUCGCACUUAAUAUAUAUGAAAGUUUAUUGAAGUGUUGUACAGAACGGUGAAGUUAAUAUAUUGACAAAUUUAUAAAUGGAAGGUAAAUUCGUAUGGUAAUAACUACUUCAUGUACACAGUGCAAGGUGUUCAACAAUUUGUUUCAAAUAUGCUAGAUAUAAUCAUGGAAGCUGUGGAUAAAACCAUUCAGGAUGAACAAAAUAACAACAAAACUUUUAACAAUUUAACAGUUGACAUGUUCAGCAAUUCUGACGUGAAUUUUUCCGAUGAUGCUUCAUAUGAUUUUGGGACUGAAGAUCAAGAACAAUAUUUGCUGACUGUCAUUCCAAUGACCAUUGUAUAUUCCGUUUUGUUCUUUACUGGGGUUGUGGGUAAUAUAUGCACAUGCAUUGUAAUCUAUCGUAAUCGUUACAUGCACACAGCUACUAACUAUUAUUUAUUUAGUCUAGCCAUUAGUGAUUUAUUACUACUAGUAAUGAGUCUCCCACAAGAGGUUUAUGAGCUGUGGGUUCCACAACCGUAUCCAUUAGGUGAAACCAUGUGUGUCAUCAGAGGUUUCACGGCCGAAACAUCUACUUAUGCCUCCAUACUUACAAUCACAGCUUUUACUGCUGAAAGAUACAUAGCAAUUUGUCAUCCAUUGAAAUCCCACACAUGGUCCAGUCUGUCCCGUGCAGUGAAGAUCAUCAUGGUAGUGUGGACAGUGUCAGCAUUCUGCGCUGUUCCUGUGUCAUUCCAGUUUGGACUUCUGUACCUGAAGACCCAAAGUGGCGAAGAUGUAGUAGACACUGCAAUAUGUGCCCUGAAGAGACGCAUGAAGCAUGCUUUCCUCAUUUCGUCAUUGCUGUUCUUUUGGAUACCUCAGCUAAUACUUUUUUUCCUGUACGUGAAGAUUGGACUGAGGUUGCGCUUGCCGAAUCCUUUGGGAAAGACACUGGAUGACAAAGAUGGAUAUGCUGUACAAGGGAACUCGUAUAAAGGAUCCAAGGAUAAAAGACGCAUCAGCAUCAACAACAACAGAAAAGGAAUAAUUAAAAUGCUCGUUGCUGUUGUUGUCUCCUUCUUCAUAUGCUGGUCACCCUUCCAUGCUCAACGUUUGAUGGCUGAUUAUGUCCCAAUCACUCCAACCCCUCUGUUUGAUAUGGCUUACACUGUCAUCAGACACAUAUCGGGAGUCACUUAUUAUCUCAGUCCCACCGUCAACCCCAUCCUCUACCAGCUGAUGUCUCUCAAGUUUCAGCAAGCAUUCAAGGAUACCUUCGGCCCUUUCAGCAAAUGCUUGAGAGGGGAGAUACAGAUGACAGAAAUGGCACCAAUCACCACUAACGUCCCAACCGAAUGUUCAAGAGUGAGCACUCGAGUGCGAAGAUCACCAUACGGAUCUCCUCAGACAACUGCUUUUAACAUAUAAUGAUCCUGUAGGAUCCAAAUUGGAAUACUGUUGCAUAUUUCCGAUUUGACUGGUGACACAGUUGCGCCAAAUCUAUCAUACGCUAAUUUCCUCUUUUCAUAUCUUUAAUUAGAUCGUUUAGAUUGUGAAUUAUUGAUGUUUUUGAACCAACAAUUCGUGCUAGUACAUAGAUGGCGUGAUGUCUGCAUGUGAAAAUGUAUAUGUCAUAUCAAUGUUUCUAUAUCAUAACUUGGAUAUUCAUAUUAUUUAAGUGAAAUUUUGUGGACACUUUUAAGUAAUCUUUUAUAUAACUCUUAUUUGUUAAAUGUAGAGUUAAGCAUGAUCAUUGACAUGCGUUCGUUCUUGAAACUGGGAAGUAAUUCUUCUUAAAAUAUUCAUUGUUUGUUCUGUAUUAUAGAUCAUAUGAUGUACAACUGCACAAAUCCUAUAGUUAGAUUGUUGUCUGUGUCAUAGAGUAGUUAGUAAUCUUAAAUCAAUAUGUUAUAUCAAGCUGUCUUAUAUUUAAAUUAUUUUAAAUGGUAAGAAAUAGUUAUUUCAGUAUUUACUUUCAACAUCAAUUAUCAGCACUCAAUAAUGAUCUUGCUUGUAUAUUCAACAAGCUGGUUAAUUGCUAAAAACCAACAAGUCAGGAAUAAACGUUUUCAGAUCAAAAUUUUGA